AUGCACAAUGAAGACCUUUACGCGAAAAUCGAUGUGGUGUACCGACGGAUGACACGUGGAUACCAGCAUAUUGCACUGCCAUCGAAGGUUGCUACAGAAAAUUGUCUUCACUUCUUUUUUCAUAUAUUGAGGAGACCAGCAGAUCGCCUUGUUCAACGAGUUCUGAGGAAUUUGUCGAGUUUGAGCUGGAAGAAGCCACCUGGCCGAAAACGGAAGUUUUGGACUGAGUUGCUAAAAGAGGACCUAAGGACACUCGGCGUGAAUAGACAGUUCAGGCGAGACGUAAGGUUUCACAGGAUAUGGAAUAGCGACGAAUGGAUUGAUUCUCUGCAAGCUCUUGCAGAAGAUCGAGAAAGUUGGGCAGAGCUAUGUUCAAGGACAGCACGCCUUGGCGAAGAUGCGGGUAAUCGCGUCAGGCGAUGA